AUGUCGAUAUUUCAUGUGACAGAUAUAUCUGAAAAACCUUCUUCCUAUACUAGCUCCCUAGCAAGCAAAGAGAUAAAUUACCAAGCCCUAAGAAGCGAAGUAAGAACUUCCAUCAUAGAUAAAUAUAACCAUUUCGAAAAGCUGGGCUAAAAGCCUUUGAGUCCAAAGGGUGGCUAAUAAACCCGAGACAGUCCCAGAAAACAUUAAAAUACUCUUCGUACUUUAGAUAUUUUAUUUGGAAAACCUACCCAAAAUCCUGAGUAGGUGUCUCAAUCCUCCCCUGCAAAAAUUAGUGGAUUAAAGAAGAAAAUGCAAUAGAUCGGGACUCAAGAACAAACUGGAAAGUUUCAUUUAUCCACAGGUGCCUAGGAUUUCAAAAGCACUUACUACGACUAAUCAGGAUCCAAAAAUAAUUAAGAUAAUUUGGUGAGAUCUGGAUCUCAAACAUCAAAAUUCUAUCCCGAAAGAGGUACCCAACUCAGUAACUCUGUGCCUAUCCAAAGGUUAGUUGAAAUCUAAAAUUUAUUAGAAUUGACACCAGCAAGUGAGUUGUAAACCUUACCAAGAAAUUAUUUGGAUGAAUUAUAGAGAGUAGCCAGUUCAAUAUAAAGGAACUUGAAACAUCACAAUGACAUACGUUUAAAGCAAUGAUGUAUAAGAAUAUUAUUAUAAAAUAUCAAUAA